AGUGGUAUAAGUGCAGCUGUCAGGUGAGCGUCACCGAGGACCGGCGACCAGUCUCCGCGCGCUUUGCUUCCCGACACCGAGAUGUCGCGCCGUCCAACCUGACUUUAACAAGCCGUUUCUCUGCUUCUGCACGUGAAACAGAGCGCGACAGUUCUGCUGCCUGCGAGCCGAGAGGAGCGAGCGGGUUAUCAUGAGUUGUCUGGAUGUUAUGUACCCGGCUUAUGGUCAUUACGCACCGUACGCGCACAAAGCUUCAGCCUUUAUCAGCACUUUACCGGCUCCCCUUGGUCUGAGAAGCCCCUCGUCUCGCUGUAGGGACCCCAUGGACAGUGCGGGAGCCCUGUGCUGCUCGGACAAUGCCGGCAGCUCCAGCUCAGCUGGUCCAUCUACAUCACCGUACCCUCCGUCCGGACAGGUAGAGGAGGCUACAAAGGACAAAGAGGUCGGAGAGGCAGAAUACCUGAGCUCACGGUGUGUCCUCUUCACCUACUACCAAGGAGACAUCAGCAGCGUGGUGGACGAGCACUUCUCCAGAGCCCUCAGCACAUACAUGGAGGCAGAGGGCAAAAAGAGGGCCAGUGAUCCCAGCACAGAUCCUUUAUCCUCAAGCAGUCGGCGCAGUUUCCCUCCAUCAUUCUGGGACAGUAACUACCCCUCUCCCCCGAGCCGACCUCACUGCGACCCUACAGGUGCUCCCACCUACGCCAUAGACCCCUACAGCCAGGGCCUGCAUCCGGGUCUGCCACACACACACCCGCACCCACACCCAUCAGAGUCCUGGACCUACUCCCAGAGCCAGACCUAUCCCGCCCACCGGCCCCUUCACGAACUCUACUCUCCUCCUGGGCUGGAUGCCCACUAUGGGCCCCUGCUGAUGCCUGCUGUGAGGCCGCCUCAUCUGCCCACACUGCCUGGGCAUUACGAUGUGGGCAAGCUGGAGCCCACCGCAACUUGGCCAGGGCUGCUUCCUCCUGGCGACGUGGCACAGAGUCUGGCUCUCAACAUGGAGCCAGGUCUCCAGCACCACAAGAAAGGGAAGGAGCUCUACUGGUUUUAAUGAGAAGCCCUUCAUCGACCAUCCAAUUAAAGCCUGCAGUUUGGCCCAUUGUAGCCGAACUGUUGUUUCUUUAGCCCCACGCGGCUCUGCACACGCUCUGAACGCGCUCCAGGACUAUUUGUGUGCACCAUGGAGAUACGAACACGGGCGACGAGAGGACGCCUGGGGGAGGCAGGGGGCGCAAGCUGACAUGCUCUUUCUCUUUUUGGAUCUGUUUUUCUCUUUUUGAUCUUUUUUUAUUAUUAAUUUAUUGUGGUGUAAAAAUCCAGCUUGCUCUCUGAUUCUCUGUAAGAAAUACUGCAUGGUGCCGUAUAUAUACAGUAUGGAAUGAUACAUUUUCUAAAACAAAUAUGGCUGUUUAUAUUGAUUGAACAAAGGUGGCAGCGAUGUGUUUGUAUUGUAUUUUCCUCUCAUGUACAGUAUUUUUAUUUAUAUAUAUAUAUAUAUACAGUAGUAUUUAUGUGUUUUAAUUAAAAUACAGUUAUGGCCAGUGA